AUGCCGCCCAAGAAGUCUACCGCUACCACUGCUCUUGGCGGUGCGCUCCCCGGUCCGGCUGGCAACGCCGUUGUUCUUCCGGCUGUUGUUCUUGCUCUGGGCGGCGACCUGUCCGCCAUCUCCGCCACCCUUGCCAAGGCCAAGAAUAGUCGCAUGGUCCGUGGUGGUGUCCUAUGUCCGGAACGGGACUGCACGGUCGUCAGAGCCGACGUGCCGAAGAUGAAAGAGCACUUGAUUGCUGGCCAUGCGCAGAAGAAGACCAAGAAGACCAAGAAGGUCUUGACCACGGAGGAGAAGAAGGCCGUCAUGGGAGUUCCUGACCUCACCGUCGAGGAGCUCAAGGUCUUUCUCUGUGAGGAGGCCCAGAGAAACAGUCAGCCGACUCUGGGCCUCGAUGCCACUUCGAGAUUGAAGCACGCUGGUUACUUUGGCACCGUGGACUUCGACCACGGCACCGCAUACUCGGCGCCCGGAUGGGAAGAGAUGCAGCCGCGACAUCAUCACCUGACGCGCACAAGCGGUGUGCUCGAGGAGGAAGAGGAGCGAAGCCGCACAGCGGACAACUGGUCGAUGACUCAAGACUCCGACGAGCAGUAUCACUACACCGAUAUCGUAGUCAUGCGCAGAAGAUGA